UUUUUCAUCAUUUUCGUUUUGCGGUGACGGACGAACGGAAUGUGUGAUUUUGUUUUGUGCUAAAUUUGCAUUUUCAAAUACUGUGCGUGGCUUUUAGUAUAAACUAUAAUAAUGAAAAAUAAAAAAUCCCGUCACGAGUCCUCUUCCGAUGAAUCAGAGGACUCCGAUGCCAGUCAAAAAUCAAUUAGUUCUUCUGAUAGUGAGAGUCAAGAUUCUUCAGUAGAGGAGCGCCGACACAAGAAAAAGAGAAAACACGCGGAAUCAUCAGAGUCUGAGAGUGAUUCCGAUGACCAGAGGCGCUCCAAGAAGCGCAAACAUAAAAAGAAGAAAAAGAAGCACAAUAAAAAGAAGCGUCGCACGUUAUCUGGAGCAGAAAGUGUGUCCGAAAUAUCUUCAGAGAGUGAAGGUGAAAUUUCUAAAAAGAAGCGAAAACAUAAACAUAAGCAUAGGAGCAGCAAGCGCGAACCCAGCCGCUCUCCGAGUGUGAAGGAAAUCUCAGAUGAUGAAGUGGAAGAGCACCGUUUGCACAGCGUGGUGAAAGAGAGACGGGCUUCUUCAGAAGCUGGGAGUCAUCCAUCUCGGACAUAUUAUCAGAAAGAGUACCAUCAGUCCGCUUCCGGUGAGGAUUAUGAAAGUGUGAGAGAGAAAGAAGUGCAGCGGUUCUACAGAGGUUCCAGCAAGGAGCGCCGGUUUGCGCAGGCGCAGCAGGCUGCCUACGCCUAUGAGAGACAACACCACCCCAGGUAUGAAGAUAAAUAUAAAAGCCGUGAGAAAUAUGACAAGUAUGGGCCCAGCACACAUUAUAAUAAUGGCGCAGGUGACCAAUACCAUAAACCAAGACCUAAAGAAUAUGAGGAUUACAAAAGGCAUCAAAGGUAUGAAGAAGGCCCUCCACAUGAAGAGUACCAUAGAAGGCCGAAGCCUCCAUCAGGCAUGUACCCUCGCGAUGGCCACAGCUCGCAGCCUCCUAAAGCUUACAACAAUCGCUACAAUGAGUAUGAACAGAGAGGCCCGCGCGGCCGGCCCUACGACGACACUCGUGAAUACAGAGACAGACGCGGUCCACCGGAAGAACGCUACCAAGGGCGGGAGUACCCAGAUAAGAAAGAGAGGUACAGAGAAGAGUAUCAUGCCGACAGGGCUCGGCGGGAGAGACCGGAGCGCCACAUCCCGGAUCCGCCGCCACCGCCCAGGGAAUACUCCAAGUCUCCAGUUCCCGAAGACCGCAAGUCAUCACGACGGCCGCCCGAGCGUGCUGAGCGGCGUGAGAGGGAAGAUAGGCCUCGCGAGCGGGGAGAAAGAGACGACCGACCUCGUCCGAGUGAUGGGGAGCGCCGGCCCGAGGUCAAGACGGAGAGGGGCAGCCCGCGGCCCCGGGAGAGGAAGAGUCGUUUCACAAAAGGCGACGACGGCAAGGACUACGAGUGGGGCAAAGCGGACGCGAAGAAGGAGGAGACUACAGCUGACAAGGAGAAGCCCAACUUCGGGCUCUCCGGCAAGCUGACCGCUGACGCCAACACGGUGAACGGAGUGGUGCUCAAGUAUACUGAGCCUGAUGACGCCAAGCAACCGAAGAGGCGGUGGAGAUUCUACCCGUUCAAGGGCGACAAGGCGCUGCCGAUCCUGUACAUCCACCGACAGUCGUGCUUCGUGCUCGGACGAGACAAGAAGGUAGUGGACAUAAUGCUGGAGCACCCGUCCAUCAGCAAACAACACUCGGCGCUGCAGUUCCGCGCCACGCCCUUCACGCGCCCCGACGGGACCACCGGCCGCCGCGUGCGCCCCUACAUCAUCGACCUGGACUCCGCGAACGGCACCUUCGUGAACAACAAGAAGAUCGAGGCGCGCCGUUACGUCGAACUUCUAGAGCGGGACGUGGUCAAGUUCGGCUUCUCCGCUCGAGAGUACGUCUUACUUCACGAGAACAGCAAGGAUGAUGCUCAGGAUGAUGACAACCAGGAGGCGCCGGCUGUGAUUACCACGGACAAGAUAAAACAGGAGAAACGCGCUAAAGAAGCCGCUAAGGAAGAUGGGGAAUAGGAGACUUGGUUAGUUGGUGAUUAUAUCCCUAAAUCUGCCUUUACCUUGUUCUAUUGUGGUUAAUCAGGAUGUGCGUUUAGCAAUAAUAAUUUAGCUAUUGAACGCUAUGUUUGCGUUGUAAUAUCUCUUGUUUUAGAAAUUUGUUCUAGAAGGAGUGUGACUUUGCUUUCUCAAAGAGUUUUUUGAAUGAAUGAUAUGUGGUUGGUGCAUUGCAUGAGUGCGUGACUGCUGAUAUAUUCGGAAUGUUCGCGGAUAAAAAUUGUAGGUAGUAGAUGAUAAACGCAGUUAUUUUUGUGGUAGGUUAUUUGACAUUUUACUAUACUGUAAGUACUAGCUAAUAAAACUAAAUCUUUUCUGUUUAAACUUUAAUCUAUUUGUCAAUCCAUAGUUAUGUUAUUUAAAAGUAAGAUCAAUUAGUACCUAGUUCUAGGUAUGUUAAGUAUGUCUAUGAAUUUACUACAAUAAAUACCACCCUUACGUUAAA